AGCUUUUAUUAAUAUAAAUUUAUGCAUGAUCAAGUUGAAAAACACAACGAUAUUACACGUCAGUUUUCAUUUGACAAGGUCAAAAUAAAUUUUAAAAAUAAAUCUAAAGAGGUCAACGUUAAAGGAUCGCGAAUGUUGUUUCCACGAAAAUAGCGCAAAUCCAAAAUUUAGCGCCAUAUUGUUGGCAAGUGGCGAACAUAUGAGAUGCUUCAUAUGAUAUUCCUACAGUUCGUUAUGACGGACGGUAGACGCGCCUCCGCGUAAAAUCUAGGGCUGCAAACGACUCUCUCUCCUCGACAGACAAUUGGAUACGCGGAGGUCGCGUCUGAGAUCGGAUCCCAUGCACAUUUGCGAGUGGCAAAUCUCACAUGACAUAACCUCCGCGCGGACUGCGCGAGAUACAAACGUACAUGGGAAGUACCCGCCCUUCCGAACGCGCCGCCAUGUUGCCCGUGCUUCCGUUCAGCUGGGUGUGUGGCGGAGGGGUGGACCAAGAGCGGGGACUGCAGGGACUAACAAUCGGCUGAUAAUCCGGUGCGAAUUUUCACGGACGCGAGAGUUGCUUCUAUUGUUGUUGUGAGCUGUCUGCCAAGCCAAUCCGAAAGCGACGGUAACGAUGUCUGACCCUACGGGUGAUCAUGUAGAUGCGUUGGAUGAAGAACUCGAAGUAGAAUCUAACUAUAAGCCUCCACCAGAGAAGUCCAUCGAACAAAUUCUGGAGACAGAUAAGGAGGAUGAGAGUCUACGCAAAUACAAGGAGACGCUUCUGGGAGAAGCAAAGUCUGGCGGUAUCAUAGUAGAUCCUAAUGAUCCUAGAAAAGUAAUAGUAAAAAAACUGGCGCUGUGCGUCGCUGAUCGGCCAGAUAUGGAACUAGACUUGACUGGCGAUUUAUCACAAUUGAAAAAACAAACAUUUGUCAUCAAGGAAGGUGUAAGCUAUAGAAUCAGGAUUGACUUUAUUGUACAGCGCGAGAUCGUGCACGGAUUGAAAUAUAUUCAGAAGACUUAUCGCCUUGGCGUACCAGGAGUCACGGUUGACAAGAUGACGCAUAUGGUAGGCUCGUAUCCUCCUAAAACGGAACUUCAGUCCUAUACCACUCCAGCUGAGGAUGCGCCAGCCGGUGUCGUCGCGCGAGGCUCUUACAGCGUGAGUUCUCUCUUCACAGACGAUGAUAAACACGAGCAUCUUAAAUGGGAAUGGGCGUUUGAAAUCAAGAAAGAUUGGAAGGAAUAAGUCUUCUAUUCCAUUCGGAACAUAGAAGCCAAGGAUAAUUUACAACUCCUAGCCUUAAUACACUUUGCGAAUAAUAAUUAAAGACGUAAAAAUGCCAAAAUACAGACUCGGAUGAAUGAUUUUUAAUAAUCUUUAGUAGUGGUCGACGUUGCCAUAAGAAAUUAAUUACAUACGUAUUUUAUAACGUACUAAAAGAGAAAGAAUAUAAUCGAUAUUUAUUAAGUUUUGUUCGUAUAAUUGGUUUAGACAUUUAGUUAUAAAAAUAGUAUUCGAGAAUUACGAAGUACACACACGUACAUAUACAUAUAUAUUUUAGUCACUAGUACAAGCAGACACCAGUAGUAGUGAUUUAAGCUAUAUAUGACGUGACAAACCGGUAUUUCCGGACAGAUGAGUAUUAGAUGCGUAGCGAGUGAAAUUUACAGUGAAUGUUAUAACCAACGGUUGAUCCAUUAUAUAUAUAAAACACUUAUUAAAAGAAGAAAAGAGUGCUCUAAAGUAUUUAGAUAAUAUUUGUACAACAUGGUUUUCGGAGAGCGGACAGAUUCUGCUCAAUAUUUUGUAUGUUUAUCACAUAUUUGACAUUUUCUACACAAUGUACAAAAUUAUAUGACGAAUAUCUAUUACUUGAAAAGAAGCUGGCAAAAGAGAUUGCAAAGAAAAUCGUAUAGUGCUUCUAUUCCUCUCAUUUCUAUAAUAUCUCUAUAAGAAGACGAUAAAUUUUGCGCUCUGAAAAUUAGAUUUUAGCUGAACACAAUGCAUAUUUUAAUUACAAUAAUUAACAACCUCGCAAGCAAAAUAGAUUCUAGACAGAUUUCCGAUAUGAAACAUACGUAACGCGCCUCUUCCAGUUCCCGCAGAAGAUAUUGGAUGACAAUUACACAUGGUGUUUUAUAUAUCGAGAAAAUUCCGACAGCCAUGUUUUUCUGGGAAUGUAUCUAUAGCGAAUAUGUUACACAAAAUAACUAAAAUCGCUGAGAAGCCCUAAUCACCCCGAGAAACGCGCACAUCUGAUCCGUGUAAAAACAAAAAAAUGUGUAUAUCGUAUGGCCAUACAAUGUUAGAGUUUGUGGUGUUUUUCCGAUAAUCGUAUAACAAUCGAUCAUGUAGGCUAGGAUCGCCAUGCAUUUGUAUGAUAAUGAGCGAUGAUGAAAGAAGAAGAAUAUAUUAGAAUAGACGUUUUGUACCUUUGUUACGAGCUUCACGGGAGAAACAAAUAGAUCGAGAAUAGUUACCUCAUUGGAGAAAGUGUCACAAAGUAUAUUGAUAUACGUAUAUGUCUACAUAAAAAUUGAGUCGUUUUUUCAU